AGAAAGGAGAGGCGGCAAGGAAGGCCACGGCAGAGCGAGGAAGAAGCUGCUGGUUGGGCUCACGAUGAAAACACUCAUUCUUUUGCUGCUGGUGCUCCUGGACUUGGGGCUGGCUCAACAUCGGCUCCACAGGGUGCCCCUCAGGAGGCAUCAGUCCCUCCGGAAGAAGCUGCGGGCACGGGGCCAGCUCUCUGAGUUCUGGAAAUCCCAGAAUUUGGAUAUGAUCCAGUUCACUGAGUCCUGCACGAUGAACCAGGAUGCCAACGAGCCCCUCAUCAACUACUUGGAUAUGGAAUACUUCGGCACCAUCUCCAUCGGCUCUCCACCGCAGAACUUCACCGUCAUCUUUGACACUGGCUCUUCCAACCUCUGGGUCCCCUCUGUGUACUGCACCAGCCCAGCCUGCAAGACACACGCCAGGUUCUACCCUUCCCAGUCCAACACAUACAGUGUGCUAGGGAGUCAUUUCUCCAUUCAGUAUGGGACUGGGAGCUUGUCUGGAAUCAUCGGAGCUGACCAAGUCUAUGUGGAAGGACUGGUUGUGGCCGGCCAGCAAUUUGGAGAGAGUGUCACGGAGCCGGGCCAGACCUUUGUGAAUGCAGAGUUUGAUGGAAUUCUGGGCCUGGGAUACCCCUCCUUGGCUGUGGGAGGGGUGACCCCAGUGUUCGACAACAUGAUGGCGCAGAACCUGGUGGAUAUACCCAUGUUCUCUGUGUACAUGAGCAGUGACCCAGAAGGCGGUGCGGGGAGUGAACUCAUUUUCGGCGGCUAUGACCACUCCCAUUUCUCCGGGAAUCUGAACUGGGUCCCUGUCACCAAGCAAGGCUACUGGCAGAUUGCCCUGGAUGCAAUCCAGGUGGGAGGCGCGGUGAUGUUCUGCUCCGAGGGCUGCCAGGCCAUUGUGGACACAGGGACUUCCCUCAUCACAGGCCCCUCAGACAAAAUCAAGCAGCUGCAGAAGGCCAUUGGGGCCGAACCCAUGGAUGGAGAAUAUGGGGUGGAGUGUGCCAACCUCAACGUCAUGCCGGAUGUCACCUUCACCAUCACUGGCGUCUCCUACACCCUCCAACCAACUGCCUAUACCCUGCUGGACUUUGUGGAUGGAAUGGAGUUCUGCAGCAGCGGCUUUCAAGGGCUUGACAUCCAGCCUCCCGCUGGGCCCCUCUGGAUCCUGGGUGAUGUCUUCAUUAGGCAGUUUUACUCAGUCUUCGAUCGUGGGAAUAACCGUGUUGGGCUGGCCCCGGCAGUCCCCUAAGUCGCGGCCUUGUGUUUGAGCCUGGCUGCAUGAUACCCCUUAGAAAUCCAGCUGUGCCCGUUCGUUCGGUUGGGGCAUUCUUCACAAUGGUCAAAAAGUCAUUUUCAGGAGGAUACAGUUGUUCUAGAGCUGCAACUUGAAUUGGGUCCAAAUAGAGCAUGAGAACACACACACACACACCACUUCCACCGCCAUCAUGACGGAAAAAUUAAGUUGUAUGCCCAUACUUUUUAUUGCUUGUUGCUAACAUUUUCUUUUGGAAAUCUCCAGACAUGUACACAAGGAGAGAUUAUAGCACAAUAAAUCCCCAUGCAACACCCCCCCUCCCACCUUUCAUAACUCACCUGCACAUGGCCAGGCCUGUUUUAUCUGCACCCACGCCCCCUCCGCUACCCAGCCCACCUACCUGCAUUAUCCCGAAGCAAAUUCUUAGCAUUGCAUCAUAAAUCAUCACAUCCAAGAUUUAUCCAUAAAUCCUUGUAAUAUUCUUAAAUAGGCAAUCAGUGUUCAAAUGUUCCCUAUUGUCUGGGAAAUGUUGGGUCAUUUUUACCAGUGACUUGUGUGUAUUAGUAUGCAAAUAAAGUCUUCAAAUUGCAUUUAUUUGAACUGUCUCUAUGUCUCUUUCCAUGUGUAGAGUUGACCGCAUUCU